AUGGAAAACCUGACUCUGAAUGAGGAUACCCUCCUCCUGGAGGGGUUAAAGGUCUCCCCUCAGUCCACCAUCCCCUCCUUCGUCCUCCUCCUCCUCAUCUACAUCUUUGUCCUUGUGUCUAACAUCACGCUGGUGGUGCUCAUCACUUCCAGCAGUAGCCUGCACCAGCCCAUGUACCUGCUGUUCUGCAACAUGAGUGUUAAUGACAUCUUUGGGGCAACGAUUGUCACCCCGCACGUUCUCCGGGACAUCUUUAUCCCUCCAUCAGAGCGGUACAUUCGCUACAUCGACUGCGCCUUCCAGGCCUUCUGCGUUCACCUCUACGCCGGCACAUCCCACACCGUGCUCAUGAUCAUGGCGUUCGAUCGCUACGUGGCCAUCUGCAACCCGCUGCACUACGCCACCAUCAUGACCCACAGGAUGGUGCUGGGUCUGUCGGUGUGGGCGUGGUCGACCACGUUCAUCGCGGUCUCGAUCCUCAUCGGCCUCAGCGUGCGGCUGUCUCGCUGCAGGAAGGUGAUACCCAACCCGUUCUGCGACAACGCCUCCCUCUUCAACCUGUCCUGCGAGAGCGUGCUCAUCAACAACAUCUACGCCCUCGGCUACACCGUGGUGCUGCUGGGCUCCUCCAUCAUCAGCGUCACGCUCACCUACCUGAGGAUCGCCACGGUGUGUCUGCGCAGUAAGAACCAGGCCCUGAACAGCAAGGCGCUGCAGACCUGCGGCACGCACCUGGCCGUGUACGUCUUCAUGCUGGGGUCCGCCCUCAUCAUCAUCACCCUGCACCGCUUCCCGCAGAUGUCGGACUACAGGAAGGUGGUGUCAGUUUUAUGUGAAGCCACUUUGCCUGCUUUCAACGCCAUCAUCUACGGGCUGCAGAUCAAAGCGAUAAAGCAGAAGAUUACGUUUUUGUUCCGCAGCAGACGCGUUCAGAUGAAAUAG